AUGGACAACCCACCCGUUCGACCAGCAACGUACCUUAUCAACAACGUCCUCCACGGCAACCACGAGCUCGUCUCCGUCGAUGGCAACGCCGCCAUCAUGUUCGGCGCGCACUGCCGCUGGGUUUUAGAGUUCAGUAAUGACUCAUACAUAAUCACGCACGCCAACAGCGGCUUUGUUGUUGAUCUCGAGAGAAGGAGCAAUCAGGUACUCCUCUGGCAAAGGCAUGGCGGGCCCAACCAGAGGUGGACCCUGGAGGAGGUGAGACCUGGGAGAUUCGAGAUUAAGAAUGUGUUGGACCCGUCGUUGAAGAUCGGUGCUAUGGGGUGUGCAUGUGGGGGUUGCGGUAAUGAUGUCAUAAUCAAAGUGAAUGCAGAGGCAGGGGCUGCACCGGAUAAGGCAAAGCAGUGGGAGUUCACGAACUAUCUCGACUUUAGUUUAAACGAUCUGGACGUUAGCACAACGGACAAACUCAAGAUCCGAUGCCGCGUGAUAAUCUCACAACGCCGCAAACUCAACCCGCAUGCGGCAACAGUGAGAAACGUGGAGUUUGAAAUGCGUGACGAUCACAAGGGCAAGUUUGUGAAAACGAACACGUACAAGAUACAUAAAGAUUUCUUCGGGAAGCCGUGGCUUUCGAUCCUCAGCGAGCCGUUUGCAAAAAGGAGCGGGAAAUUCAGGGGGGGGGGGAUUGAAGACGAGCGGAUUCAACAGCUGUAUCAUGAUAUCGACGAGGCGGUGAUGGCUCUUAGGGAAGAACAGACUAUGAAGGAGCUCAUACAUGCCAGUAUCAGUAGUCCAACGCAGACCCCUCCCCUCACCACAGGCGAAACCUACCCCACCACACCCAUCCCACAAGUACAUGGCAGGGCCAACAUCGUCGGCCCUACCCCCAUCAUCCACAACGAGUUCAUCAGCAACUGCAUCCGCCUUGAAUACGAUCCCACCACCACGGACAAGGACACCGAGCUCCACAACAUGGCCAGCAUCGUCACCCUCUUCCGCCGCUUCCCCUCCACCGACCCCAAUGCAUCCGGCACCCCCUUCUUCACCAUGCUCUACACCGGCGACGCCCACGACGGCGAGUGCCACAUCCGCGACACGGUCAUCAGCAUUGCGGGCCCCAUGCCACCGAGACACGUGGACGUCCUCAAGAUCCCCCACCACGGGUCGAUCUCAUCCACCUCGAUCGAGUUCUACCACCGCAUCACGGCGACGGUCUAUCUGGUGUGCACGAAGCAGAAUAGUAACGGGUUGCCGAACGUGGAGAUCUUGGAGGCGAUCGUGGACCAGGCGAAAUUGCUCGAGAACGGGCGCAUGGCGCGCAUCUUCUUCUCCAUUCCUGAUAGCUUGUGGAAUAUCAGGACGGGGGAGGGUGAUAAUACUGGGAGGCCGUCGAACCUGAAUAUCCUGCUGUCGGGGGGCCGACGGCCUGGGAAUCCCGAUCUGGUACAUGGGAGAUACAGUUAUAAGUGCUACAUCUUGAAGCAUCGGAUGGAGGGAAAUGCGGAGAAGAAGAAUGCGGGGAUAAUACUGCUGGGGCGGCACGCGGAUGAGAGGCUAAUUGUGACGACGAGAGAUACGUGGUGGGAUGCGUGGGAUAGCCAGGGGGAUGUGAAGAGUCUACAGCAGUUUCAGAAGCUGAAAGGCUAG